UCAGCUACCCUGAUCACAGAGCAGAAAGGAACAGUUCUUGACGAGGAGCAGAGAGAUUCGCCGUGUGUGUUCUUAUCUCAAGGAAUUGAACGAUUGUUACACAGACACAAACAAUGAGGUUCAAUUUUAAAGUGAAACCAUGUUGAACAGUGCCAAGAUUAUACAAGUGGGUUUGCUAUUAUGCACAUUUCUACCAUUAAUACGAGGACUGGACUGUAUUUGUGGAAAAGUAGUAUUAGAUGACACGACCUUCCCUCCCAUUACAACGGUUUCAACCGAAGAUUCUUGCCCAGUCAACGCUACUUCAUCUCAUAUUCAGGUUGAGGGUGUGAACUUGGCCAUAUGUUCUACUGAUGGAAGAUGUUUUAAAUCCAUUCACAAUUCCGGGGGUCGAAUCGAAACCAACUACAUAUGUGUGAAAGAAAAUAUGCUCCAACCAAAGGAGCGACCCUUCUUCUGCCAUUUCUCAGAGAAGAACAAGAGGGAGUUCCAAAGUCAAUGUUGCUACGAAACAGAUUUUUGCAACGCCAACCUCACAAUUGCACUGCCGAGCAUUGCCAACGUUAAAAAGAGUCACCAAAACAAUCUCCUCCUAUUACUCUUGCUCAUUGUGCCCACGUGUCUGGGCAUUUUAUUGCUCUUUACCGCUGCAGUGGUGUGGCGUAAAUGUUUCUACCAGAAACGCCUCCUACCUCUUCUUCCACUAGCCAACGUGUCCGAGGGAAUACGCCCUAUUCAACCUCGAGAGGAAGUUCCACUCAUGGACGACAGCACUCAAAACACAACCAUCAAAGAGCUAAUGGAAAGCACUUGCUCUGGCUCUGGCUCGGGCCUUCCACUUCUUGUUCAAAGAUCGAUUGCUAGACAAAUUCGUUUGGCGAACAUCAUUGGACAAGGAAGAUUCGGUGAAGUCUGGAAAGGCCAAUGGAGGGGUGAAUCUGUGGCGGUAAAAAUAUUUUCCACUCGAGAUGAGAAUUCCUGGUUCCGUGAAUCUCAAAUCUAUCAGACUGUCAUGCUCAGGCAUGAAAACAUAUUGGGCUUCAUUGCCACCGAUAACAAAGAUAAUGGUACCUGGACCCAGCUUUGGCUUGUAACUGAUUAUCACGAGCAUGGGUCGCUCUUCGAUUACAUUACUAAGUUUGCGGUCUCUCCAAAUCUACUCAUGUCCAUGGCUUGGUCCAUUGCCACCGGACUAGCACACCUUCACAUGGAAAUUAUUGGCACCCAGGGCAAACCCGCCAUUGCCCACCGUGAUCUCAAAUCCAAAAAUAUCCUUGUCAAGAGGGAUCUUACCUGCGCCAUCGCCGAUCUGGGUCUGUGCGUGCGGCAUGACUCUGAAACUGACACUGUGGAUUUGCCCAACAACAACAAAGUGGGUACCAAGCGCUACCUCGCCCCUGAGAUCUUAAACGAGUCCCUGAAUCCAAACGACUUCGACUCGUGGAAACGGGCCGACGUCUAUUCACUGGGUCUUGUGUUCUGGGAAUUGGCACGAAGAACCAAUGUGACGGGGGCUUGCGAGGAGUAUCAGCUCCCAUUUUAUGAAGUCGUUGAUCCAGAUCCAACCAUUGACGAGAUGCGACAGGUGGUGUGCGACAAGCAAAUCCGGCCUUCGUUCUCCGGUGCCUGGCAAGCCACGCUGGAACUCCAAGCGAUUAGCAAACUCAUGAAAGAGUGUUGGUACAGUGACCCGGGAGCACGCCUCACAGCUUUGCGGAUUAAGAAGACAUUGGCCGAGGUCCAAGCCAGCAUCCUCGACCGGAAAGUCAGCAUGUCCACAACGAUACCGGGCUGAUCAUUAUUUUGAUCCAGAUGUAACAAAGUCUUGUCAGGGUAUUGCCAGGCUCACAUGAACCGGUGCCUCGUCGUUUCUGGUGGUUUUUGAAUGGUCAUUUACGAAGUAUACACACAUGCAGACAUACAAAGGCAUAUAUAUACAUAUAUUCUUUAAUACGAAAGAAGAAAAGAACACGCGUGUUUUUAAAGAGUACCAAAAAUCUUCUUGUAUCGUCUAAUUCAUUGUUUUCUGAACCACCUCAACCAUGUUAUGCCAGAGCGUGACGGACGACCAAUUCCAAUUUUGUAAUUGUAUUUUUAGAAUUAACAUAUGGACUCGAACGCAUUAUUGGCUUAUCACAAAGACCAAAGUUAGUGCCGAGCCCACCCCAGAACAAUUAAAUGUGAGAUUUAUAUAUAUAUCUAUAUAUAUCAAAUAUCGUACAGAAUAAACAAAUUCUACCAAUCGUGACAAAAUUUAUUGCAACGAACUAACUUUCAUGUUCUAACUGAGCGUCGUCAUCUGAAGUCAGAAAAUCCAUCUCGUUUUUAGGCACAGGAAUCUUGAUCCGCUGAUUUUCGGGGACAUCGUUUGAAGCCGUGUAACGUCCAUAAUAUAUAUGCCCCUCUGUAUCGAUAGCGUAUUCGUGAUCCACGGGAUUGGCCAAAGCCUCUUCAAUCUUCGCAUCCAGAUUCUCUUUGGUCA